AGUUCGGAGAACACUCGAUCAGUCACGUAAUGAUAAAAAUAAUGACCAACUGGGAAUGUCGAUCUUAGAGAUUGCUAAUUAGAGAGAAUUGAUGUCCAUGUACACAAAUCACGAAUCCUUAACAUCAAUUUUGCUGCCCAAGGGCUACGAUGUUAACAUCACUUUGUUAGUGGGAAAUUCCGAUCCGUCGUGGAUAAGGUCUGAACUUCUUGACAAAGUACUGAAGCGCGAAAAUUUGCACUAAAGGUCAUUGUCGUCGACAAGCACUUCAGGAAGAAUUCGAGCAUCCUACGUGGAGACGGCCGAUGCGCUAACCGUUUUGUAGUUAUGCCAUUUGAAAGAGAUCAGCCUCACAGUUUCUAAAUGGCAUCGACAAUUAUAUUAUGACGAUGUCAGGAACUUUAGAAUAUCUCUUGCCUGUUAGUGUGGGAGCGGCGACUCUUUCAGUCUUCAUAGCCUUCCUUGUCAUCAGAUGUUAUUUACAAUGGAAGAGGCAACACAGGAAAGAACAGCUUAUGGCAGAGGGAGCCGUACCCAAGCUGGUACUGUCCUCCCAACCCGUUGAUUUUCUUGUCCCGCUUUUGAUUCAAGACAGAUUGGAGGAAGAGGAAGAAGUUGAUCAGUUUAAAACUCACUCUUCUGUUAGUGGUGCAUCGAGUGAGGAUAUCAGUCAUGAGGCCGAAUUAAAGAAUCAAACCGCUGAACGCAAAGUUCAUCCUUCGCUUUCAAGAUUGGACUCUGAGGCCAGUGUUGUGAAAACAUAUGGUCAGCAGGUUAACUUGCGCAGUCAUGUACCACCCAACACUAGGAGGGGAGAAUCAUUGUUCUUCGACGAUGGCGCCGAGAGUUUUCAUUCAAGUGAUGAGUCGUUGCUGCCGAGGUGUUUCUCUACCGGUCCUCAACCCAGGCCUCUUCGAAGAAGAUCCCGCGGAAAUAGUCUCACAAGUUUAUCUCUAGAAUCGCUUUCAGAGGAGUCAACACUUCCAGAUCACACUUUGCACAUGAUCAAAUCAAAGGUGUCUUCUAUAGAUCGUAACGCGCCAAAUUCAAAGCUGACAAAGCAGAGGAAACAGAGCGCUUACACCGGCACCAGGCGAUCUAGGAAAAUUUCACAAGUAUCGCGAAAACGCGGAGAGAUCACCUUAAAACUGACUUUUUCUGGAGAUCGUCGCACCCUUGAGGUUCACUUAAUCAACGCCACAGAGCUACCACUCAGACAUGGCCGCAUGUUGGACGUCUUUGCGCGGCUUUCACUCAAGACGCCUUCAAAACGCCGCGGCGAACGGUUUCAAAGCAGAUUAGUUAAGAAGACCUGUAACCCAGUGUUCGAUGAACGAUUCGUCUUCAAAAAUCUUCAUUUAACCGAAUUCGAGGAAUGCAGUGACACGUUCUUAAGUUUUCCUUCCACAGAUGAGUCGUUGCUGCCGAGGUGUUUCUCUACCGGUCCUCAACCCAGGCCUCUUCGAAGAAGAUCCCGCGGAAAUAGUCUCACAAGUUUAUCUCUAGAAUCGCUUUCAGAGGAGUCAACACUUCCAGAUCACACUUUGCACAUGAUCAAAUCAAAGGUGUCUUCUAUAGAUCGUAACGCGCCAAAUUCAAAGCUGACAAAGCAGAGGAAACAGAGCGCUUACACCGGCACCAGGCGAUCUAGGAAAAUUUCACAAGUAUCGCGAAAACGCGGAGAGAUCACCUUAAAACUGACUUUUUCUGGAGAUCGUCGCACCCUUGAGGUUCACUUAAUCAACGCCACAGAGCUACCACUCAGACAUGGCCGCAUGUUGGACGUCUUUGCGCGGCUUUCACUCAAGACGCCUUCAAAACGCCGCGGCGAACGGUUUCAAAGCAGAUUAGUUAAGAAGACCUGUAACCCAGUGUUCGAUGAACGAUUCGUCUUCAAAAAUCUUCAUUUAACCGAGUUUAAAAAGGGACGUUUGAAGAUCAGGCUCUUUGAUCGCCAUGGCGUCUCGAGAUACGAACUGAUCGGAGAAACAGUGUUUUCUUUAUGCGACGAAAGUAUCUUGCGCGGGGACAAAUUGUGUCGAGAGCUGUCGCCACAGGUAAGCUGGGUCCCCAAGUAUCAUGUUUUCACAUAUGACAGAAGGGCCAACCAAGGCUGUACUUCAUUGAUUUCAGUUUGUUUUCUGUUUCUUGAAGGUCCUUUCGUCGCUGUGGAACUCACAUACAAUUGCAAGGAGGAAGUCAUUCAAAAACAUCAGACCAAAGCUAGGAAGAAAGAUCUAACCAUUAACGAGGAAUUCAGUUUUGAAGUUGCUACUAACAGCUCUUGCACACUUGAAAACUUUGGUGUUCAGUUCACUGUUUUUCAGCACGAUUUUGUACACGGGAACGAGGUCAUUGGUCACGUGCGGCUGGGUAAAGACGCGCCUUUUCCUUCUGAGAUAAACCACUGGAAAGCGGUUACGCGAUCUCCUCAUAAACUCCUACAAGAUUGGCAUAAGCUUCAUGGACCUCUAUAAAUGUUAACUUGCUUAAGAAUAUUCGUAAUACUAUAUAAUGAAAAAAACCUUUGCAUCAGGGCCGUAUCCAGGAAUUUUUAAGAAGGUCUCAAUAGGUAACGAUUAAAAGUACGGCCAUUUAAUGGCUAACAGUUUAAUAUUUCUUUACAUUAGGAUUAAAAGAACAAUUUUUUACGGUUAACUUUA